GGGGCGUUUGCCAACGGCCGCCGCCUGUUUACCGAAGCGGCGCCGGACGGCGUAGCGUCGCCGGCACCAUGCAGGCGCUGCCCCCGCGCUGGGCGCCGUCCGUGCUGAGGGCGGCGGGCGGGUGGUGCCGCGGCUGCAGCGGCUCCGCCGAGCUCGGCGGCGCCAAGCCGCUGAAGGAGUGGACGCUGGUGGUCGGCCCGCGGGGGCGGCUGCAGGUGCGGCUGCCGUGCCAGGUGAGCGUGCGGCCGCUCGACCCGCAGCGCUACCCGGGCGCGGACCGCGUGUUGGUCACCGUCAGCGGCGUGGAGCGGAGCGCCCGCCGCCACCUCGAGCACGUCCGGGUGCGCUACGACGAGGCGCUGCAGCUGCUGGCCAUCGCUGCCGAGGGCAUGGACGGCAAGGCUGCGGUGGACGUCCGGACGCCGGCGAAGUUCGAUUUGGAUAUCAAAACAUCAGGAACAGGCUGUGUGAAGGUUCAGAAAAUGGAAUGUGAUAACUGCAGAAUAGAAACUGAGAAGGGGACUAGUGUCUUGCAGUCAAUAAAGAGCCAUAAAAUCAAUAUACGAACCAAUGGUGGCAAAGUGAUUGGUCUUGGAACGCUCUAUGGAAAUACAGACAUUCAUGCAACAGAGAAAGGUAGUGUGAAUAUAGAGAAGCUGCAGGGAACAUCUAUCAACAUAUCCACAGAAGAUGGGCUCCUGAAAACUAAGUAUCUCUAUGCAGAGUCUUCAUCUCUCUCUUCAGUAGCUGGUGAUAUUCUGCUGGGAAGUAUUCAUGGUAACACCAACCUUGAGACAAAAACAGGGAGUAUCACAGUAGAUUCAUCAGAUGGAAGUCUAAAAGCUUCUACACUUCAUGGGGCAAUAGAUGUUUAUGUCAGUCAAUUAAGAGAAGUGGAUCUGAAAUCCCAGAAAGGUUCUAUUACAAUCAAGGUACCUGCCUCUCUCAAAGCCUAUUUAGAGUUGUCUGGAAGAAAAGUGGAUGUGAGCUCAGAGAUCGAGUUAAAAGAAACACGGAGUGCCUCCAAAGAUGAUCACGUAAUUUUAAGUGGUCACAUGAAUCAAAGGAAUGAAAAAGACAAAUGGAUUAAGGCUGACACACAAAGUGGCAAAGUGUAUCUUAAAAGCCAAAGCUGGAUUCAGUCUGUCAAGCUGAAGAUUUCUUAAAGGCGAAAUAGUCAAAACAAUCAAGUCAAGAAACUGUAAAGGAACAUUUUCUCUGGAAUUAUGAAACUUUGUUGAUACAUAUUCUUAAUGUAAGAGAGAAACAAUAUUAAAAAUGAGGACUUUUUAACCCAAGAUUUGCUGGUGACAGUGGCUGGUGAUUAAUGGGUCUGGUUUACUUUUUGUGCCUUUUAGAAACUACAAGGCCUUAUGUAUGCAGAAUUUGUAUGACCUGACCCACUCACCAAAUCAGUCUUAAAAGCUGGUAACUUUCAAACAAAAGUUUGGAGUCAUCAUUUAAAAUAAGAAAAUUAGAGAAAAAAAAACCACUUUCACCUCCUGGUCUUCGGAAACAUGAAAAUUUACUUCCAAGGAGCUGUGCUCUGCCAACUGUUUUAUAUUUUUUAGCAAAAUAUCUUUCUACUGUGUGACUUCCAUUGUUUAUCCAAAACAUAGAAUUCUUUUUUCAAUCAAAUUAUGUGUAUUGUGGACAGGAUAAAACCACUUUCAAACUUCAUCACUUCAUCUGUUUUUAACCCCUGAGCUGUUUCUGCUUUGUCAGCAGGCACUGUAUGUGUAAAACUGCUUCUAUGAAACAGAAACAUGUUCCAUGUUGUCCUGAACCACUUCCUUGUGGACUGAUUCAGCAACUCAAUGUAAGCUGCAGUUUUUCUACGAAGAAAAGCUUUUAAUACAGAUACUCCAAAGUGCAACUGGUGUCGCUGCUUUCAAGAAAGAGCACUCCACCAAGCAGGAUGUUGGAUAUGAGUCCAUAUGAAUGCUCCCCAAAGUAAAAGCUACUGAGCUAAUAAAUGAGAACUGUAAUCUCCUUGCUACAUUUCCAUUUAUCAUCAGCCUUGCAUGACAGGACUGUAAGCUCAUGGAGGCAGAAAGGCAGAGGAGGAAGGAAGGCGAAGGAAGUUUAUACACUGCACAAGAGACAAUGAUUUUUGUGGAGGAUUUUGUUACUGUAUUACAAACACACAGUAAACUAAAAAGAGCUUUUAAAAGCCUUUCUGUUUAUAUAUGGCCCCUUAUAACAGAAGUACUGAAGUUUGUGUUUUACAGCUGAAAUGCAGAACUACCUGCCAACUGAGUGGAUGGAGAGAAGAAACGAGGAGUUCGGAGUGUCAGUUCAGGUUUUAAAUUGUGUAUAUGUAUUUGUAGACCAUAACAUUAUAAAAUGAGAUUUCCCAAGGCUAUAGUUGCCCAUUGCUAAUGUUCUGCAGCAAUCAAGGGCAGUUUUUUUACUUUAACUGAGAGUGGUUAAAAAUUCUACAUUCUGUUUCCCAUUGUGUGUUAAGUUUGUUCUGAUAUCUAUGGCAAAUUAUAUAUAUAUUUAAUACACUAGUAUAUAAAACAGUAAUGUCACUACUAAAAGGAAUAUAAUAUUACUAAAUAUUAUUAUACUGUUAAAGGAUAUACAAUUAAUAAAUGUGUAAUGGUUUCCUCAAAAAGUUUUGAAACUAAUACUUUCUGAGCUGCAGACACAAAGUGAAAGAAGUACUCCUAAAUUGUUGUAUCUGGAAAUAAAAUAUGUAGUAGAUAUUUCACAGAAUUGAGUCUGCUAUUGGUUCCAUUAUUCACCCUAAUUACAAAGCCUGUCAGCCUCUGUGAUUAAGGUCUUGUUUUGGGAUACUGCUGCAUUGGCUAUCAAAGGGAGGGCAUAGUAAGAAAGCAUAUGAUUUCCUCUCUGUUCAAAAUUAAGCAGAAUAAUGCAUUCUAAACUUUGCUGUGAUUAAACGUUAGGAUAGCUAGUUAUUUGCUUAAAGCUUAAAUAAGCCAUUAGAAAAGUUACACUACCAGUAGAGCUACUGUGGUGGUAUUCCUUCUAAGUUAAUAACUGUUGAGACCACUAGAACUCUAACAUUAAGAUCAAGAAUGAGCUGAAGAAGAAUAAAUGUUUGGAAGA